AUGAACCUGACCUUCUCGAUCAAGCAGGAUGACUCGGAGGGGCCGGUGCAGAUGAGCAACCUGGAUGGGUCGGGAGACUUGCCCCCCCCUCCUCGGCAGGAGGUGGUGUCGCCAUCGCAGUCUGCUUUCGGGCUUCGGGCUUACGAGGAUGAGGGCGAGGACGGGGAAGGUGAAGCGCCUUCGGAGGCGGAGAACGAGGGCUUCGAAGACGACGGCGAGGAUGGAGAGGAUGACUGGGACACGGUGAGGGUAGAAAUGGGCCUGGAAGAGUUGGAGUACAGCGAUCUAUCCAUCCGACUGGAUCGAAGCGGGGGGGGUGGGCCCGCCGGAGGGCGGCGAGGUGGCUCGGGCGGAGGGGGUGCGGAGCCGUCUCCUGUCAGCACGGGGGCUGGGGUGUUUGGCGAGGCCGCUCAAGCCGCAGGAAGCGGCUCUACGGCCGGUUCUGAUGACGCCGACACGGACUGGGAUCUUGAGCUUGGCCUGGUGGGACCCGGAACGGGAAGGACCGGAGAGCCAUCGCCCAACAACGCGCGGGACGUGAAACGCGCCAACAUUGCCGAAGGACUGAGGGCGCUGCUGAGGGGGGCCCCACAGGGGGGCAAGCAUCAACCGGGUGCGUCCGACGCCAGACAGGGGCUGACAGGCGUCCCUGAUAAGUGCCGCGUGGUGGGGAGGCUGCUCAGGGGGGGCAGGGCUGGUCCCGACGUCACCAUCGUCAAGUACCCCCGGGCGUGCCAUCUUCUCUGCCUUCGGGUGAGCGUAGAGCAAGACAACACGACCACGGGGGCGACGGCGCCGCCCACGGAUGCCAGGGGCUCGUUUGCAGGGGCGUUGACCCUUUCCAAGGGGAAGGGGAGGGCGAUGCACGGGCAGAGGAUGGUUGAGUGGCUCGAGACCUUGAUAAGCAAGAGGGCGGACCUGUACCGCUCGAAGAACGAACUGCGCGCGGCAAACUCAAGGCUGGUCAAGGGGCUGCAAGUGAUGGAAAAGCGCCUCAAUCCUUGCAACACUAAGGUGUUCUUGGAGUGCAGCAUGUCGACGUGGCGUCUCGGCGAACGAGAGAGCUGCGUCAGCGUCCUCAAGUCCUACUUCCAGAUCCUGCGGAUGCAGAGCCGAACGAACGCCCGCAAGGCGGCCCAGGGAGGCAGCGGCACCACCCCGCUCGGCUCAGACACAACGAAGGACACCUACACCAUGUUCCAGCACACCCUCAAGAUGCUGGAGAUCGCGUCCCUGCUCCUCCGCCCGAACAGCUCGCUCUGGCUGCUCCGCAUGCAGAUAAACAGCCAGCACCAGUUUACGGCCGGGGGCGUGGAACGGUCGGCGAGGGGCGUGUUCGGAGACAUGCUGCGCAUCGCUUGCUCGGCGUUUCCGUCUUAUAGAGAAGCAUUCUCGCUUGUGGAGCUACGCGCGACCGUGCAUCACCUCGGUGACAUUGUCGCCGCCGGCGCCGAGGCGGGUGGUUCCGAAGGCGGCUCGAGCGACUCGGGCAUGGGCGACUUCGCUGACUACGGGAUGCACGGCGCGGCCGGUCGCGGCGGCGGCUUUGGGAAGGCGGGCCGGGGUUGGGACGGGAGCGAGGACAACAGCGGGGAUUGGGGGGUAGAGUACACGUGGUCCGCGCAGGGGGGGGCGGGGAGGCACCAGGCUCCAACGUUGGUGGAUCGCAUGCCCCAGGCUAUCUGCACCAACUACCUGCGGGUCUAUGCACGCGCCGUGCGCGGAGGGAGCGACAGAUCUGGGGGCCCCGGGAGUAGCGGGGGGCACGGUCGUGGGGGCACGGACGGCUUCCGUGGCGGCGCUAGAAGCCCCGGGCUCCCGAGCCCCAACACGCUGUUGCUCCGGAGCCUGAGCUCAUCGUCGGCUAUCUCGCGGGUUUCCUCUCACUUCUCCCACUUCAACUCCAACGUCACUCCCGUGGAGCUGCAGCUGCCGGCCACCUUCCGGAGGCGGGGCAGCGGCGCGGACGGAGAAGAAGCGGCGCGCGCGUUUGGCGCGGGGGGAGCAAGGGACGGCCGGGACUCGAGCGGCGCGUUGGACGCGCUCGCGGCACGCGCCAAGUACCUCCCAACGGCGGGAGACGCCGGGGGAGGAGGGGCAGCGGCUGCGGAGAACGCCGCUCCCGUCGCGAAGAGCAAGCCGCCGUGGGGGUGGGGCGCGGGGAAGUCUCUCUUCGGGAAGAGGGCUGCGGUGGAGGUAAAGCGCAGCGGCGUCGCGGAACCAGAGGCUCAGGCCGGCGGCGGCGGUGGCGGCAGCGGUGGCCACCCGAGUGCUUCGGCCACAAACGGCAGGGAGUUGAGCACCGCAGCGGCCGCGGUGGCGGCAGGAGGGGCUGCCCAGUCCGUCUCUAACCCUACCAACGCCGGGGACACCGCGACCAUCACCAAGGGCCAGACGGGAGGCCGCCGGCUGGCGACCGACAUCGGUGGCACGUACCGAGAGCCCGGGGGCGAAAGGGGGCGCGGGACGCGGUCAGCCGCGGAGCAGCGGUCGGGCCUGGACCGGAACGAUCGCAGGGACGGGGGACCGGGGGGGGGUGCGCGCUUGCGCGACAGGCGAACGCGGCAAAGCCGGUCCGUCGACUCGCCGGGCAGGGGGGCGAAAGGGGUGCCGGCGACAGUGGACGCGGCGGUCGAGGCGGCGCACGGGUUCUUUUCCGUCCCCGCGGCGUCGCACGCUGCCGACUCGCGCGAUGGGGGCGGCGGCGGCGGCGGCGGCGGUGGCGUUGGCAAGCCGCUCCAGCGGCAGCAGAGGGAGCGGUCCGCGAGCGCGGAGAACGAGGAGGGCGCGCGGCACGACCGCAGGGUGGAGCGAGAGCACCGCUUCGAUUCCUCCUCCUCCGCUGCUGCCGCCGCUGCCGCUGCUGCCCUUGCUGUCGAGAAGAGGCAGGACGGGGAAGGCAGUAGCCGGGGCAGGGACCGGGUCGAGGGAGGAGAGACGCGGUCGGACGCCAGGAAGCGCCGGUCGCGCGCCCCGGCCGGGACGAGGCGAGAGCGCGAGUCCUCCCUGCGGGCGACGCGGCCCGCCGUCCGAACGCGGACCCUCAGCGAGGACCGGCUGUCUUGGAGGGACGAGGGCAAGCAGUGGAGUGACCUGGCGAACCCCAACCCUCGGCCGCCCUUGCCCCACCCGCUUCAUGCCCCGGACGCGGUGGGCGCGCCCGCUGCCGCCACGGGAGGGGGGGGGGCGAGGCGCACUGGGGGUGGCAGCGGCGGAGUCUCCGCCGCGUCUCCCCCGGACUCGAGCAACGGCACGAGCGACGAGAAGAGCCGCGCGAGCCGUGGCAUGAUGGACGACAACUCUUCGAGCACGGGGUGGGGCAACAGCAGCCUCGCCGGCUGGGGGGAGAGCAUGGCCGCCGAGGCGGAGGCCGAGGUCUUGGGGCGUAGCGGCCACCGCGGGAGCGGCGCCGGGGCGGCCGCCGGCGGCGGGAAGGGGGGCGACGGCAGGGCCGAGGACAGGGUGCCGGUAGACCCGACGCUGCGCGGGCAGCCGGAACGGACGAGGCUGCACCAGAUGGUGGCGGCGCUGACGGACCUGUGCAUGUACUUGGUCGGCGUGAGCCCCCUGAGCAUGGAGGACUGCCCGACCAUGCUGGAGCACUUGCCGAACGACGACGACGACUGGGACGAGGUGGGCGGGAGGAGAAAGUCGUGGGUCUUUGGCCUAGGUAGUAUACGUCGGAAGGCGUGUUGCGUACAUGGCGUUGCCUGUCUUGUCCUGGUGUCUUCGAGAAGGGAGCCAGCCGUGUGGAUACCCGGAAUGGACGAUACGUUCGACGACAGCAGCAUUUUCAGCUACGGUAGCACGGGGAGUGCUACCACGAACGGCGGCAGCGGGGGCCAGCUUCCGUCCUCGCCUUCUACUCUGGAUGCGACAGAGCAGUCGGACGACGACGAGGACGAUGACGAAUUGCGGGGCCGCUGGGGGAACGACGGAGUCGUGGUCGGCGGAGGGGAGAAGCAGGAUGCCAAGCCCCAGCGCGAGAAGAACAGGAGCGAGGAACUGUUUGGGGCGCUGAUGGGACAGGAUGACCGCGGCGGGGGGAAAGGGGGGCACGGCGGAGUGGACGGGAGCGGGAGAGGUGGCGGCGGGGCCAAGGGGGAGGACGGGAAGAACGGCGAGGUGGAUCUCGGCUUCUUACACAGGAGCCUUGCCGAACCUGAGGAUGCCGGUGCUUACCUGGAGCUGCUGCUACCGUCCUACAAGGCUCUGCCUGAGGAUUGCAUCCAGAAAGCCAGGGCGGCGUUUGCGAUGGGGCUGCUGGCCACCAAGAAGGACGACUCGGAGCUGGCAGAGACUUUGCACCUCGAGGCCGUCCUUGUGCUCGACAGGCUCCCAGAGGAGGAUUCCGGUACCAGCCCGCUGAUUACUCCGUUCGGGGUCCACUGCCUUGAGAAGCUCGGAGACGCUCUCCUCAAGAACGCUAAGUAUGAGUACGGCAUCCUUGCUCUGGAGCGCGCCACGGAAUGUUUCUGGGAGUACAGUGGGCGAACGACGCGGUAUGACCGGCUCGUGCGCCGAGUCACGCGCGUUACUCGGGAACACGGCGACACGAAGAGGGCGUUGAUGUACCACUCGCGGAUGCUGGAAGCCGCCAAGAAGAUCGGUAACCUGAACGAGUUCGUCUACCUCGCCAAGGAGAUCAGCCGCAUGCUCAAGGAAGAGGGGUGGUACUUGGAGGCGGAGUCGUACCUGGCGACUGCAUCUCGCCUGCUGUCCGGCCUCCGGCUGGACAAGGUCGUGCUGCGCCACCGCUCAGGUGUAGCGACGUCAGGCGCUGGACCGAACCAGCUGGACGAUGAAGGGAACGGCUGGAGGAAGACCUCGGGCCAAGAGGGAGGGGGGCCGCUCGACGGCAACGAUCCUGGUCCCACGAUGGUACCCGUCCUCGAGCACGCCGGUGCCGGUCGGGGUGGGCACGGCUAUGGCAGCGGUGCCGCUGGAAACCCCGGCGGUGCAUUCGGCGGAGGCGGCGGUGGCGGUGGAGCAGGGGGGGCGCCAGGCGUGGCCGGCGUCCCCAUUUCCAUGCCCAGUGACGGCCCUGCUGGGGUAGGUGGCGGAGGGGGCGACGCAGCAAUGGGCGGUGGUAGUAACUCGGGUGGUGCUGGUGGUGGGGGCGGUGGGGGCGGCAGCGGGGGAGGCGGAGGCGGCGGGGGCGGGGGCAUAGGGGACACGCCCGGCAGGUUUCGGGGGGAAGGGGGUGGUAGCGCUGCUGCCGUGAACCUCAAGACGUUUGAGCCGUUGUUUGGGUAUGGCGGUGGCGGGGGCGGUGGGGGCGGGGGCGGAGGUUUGUCGCCGACGUUCAUUGGGCCUGGCGGCGCCCACGGCGCGGGGGCGGGGAUGCAGGGCACGGCUAUCGAGACACAGCAGUACGAGCUUCAGAUGAGGAUGGUAGAGAUUCUUAUGGAGUCGCUCCAGUACACGAGGGCCCUCAGACUUCUCAACAACCUCCUGAGAAGGAAGAUCAAGUCCGGGCAGCGUUCCCUCGUCCUCGUCCUGGUGGCAAGAUGCUACCUCAAGCUCCGCAAGGUGGCGGCCUGCGAGGCCGCUCUGGAGAGGGUUGUGCUGGAGGCUGACGAGGCGCUCGCGACUUACGGCCAAAUGGGCCGAACAAGUUCGGACCAGGCCAGCCACAGGCGCACUGCCUCCGGGGGGGGCAACGAAUACCGUCUCCACAGCUCCGUCCUCGCCGCCAACGUCACCCCCAUGCCGGGAGGGGGGCUCGCGUGGACGGCGGGCGGUGGCUCCGGGGUCCCGGUAGAGUCGACCGCCGGAGACAAGCCCUCCGUUGCCGGCGGCAUGAGCGGGGUGGGUGGCGGAGGGGGUGGCGGCGGCGGCGGGGGCGGGGGCGCGGGGGGGUUGACAGGGCUCGGCGGCGACAAGUACGUCUACGAGAUGGUCGCCAUGGUGAAGAACGUGGACUUCUUGGUGCUCCGAGCGAGGUGUAGCAUCGCGGCGGGCGACCCCACGUCGGCGCUCCAGUGGAUCGGCAUCGCCCUAGCGGUCUCGACCGACAGCCGACAGCUGGGGAACGAGGGCCGCCUCAUGUACCUGCGAGGCCGGUGCUACCAGCUGCAAAUUGCGCAGACGCUGGAGGAGCACGCGAUGGACGACGCCGGUUGUGCGGAGACUGCUUCGGCCUCCACGGUGUCCGCCUCGGGUCAGCUUGACAGGGAGAAGUUUGCAGCGUCGGAGACCUCCAAGUAUGCCGGCAAGGCGGAAGAGGCCUUUAACCUCGCGCUUGAUUACUUCUGCAGUGCCGACGACGUGUACCACCAGGCGAAGUGCAAGGCCAGAGGGGUCGAGAUGCAGCUCUCCAGGGUCUUCACAGAGGUCGCUAUCCGACAGGUACCUCUGAAGGAGGCGGCGAUGAACCAAGGAGCGGCGGUGCUGAAGGGGCUGGAGUCGCGCGCGGCGAGCUCUUUGGGCCUCGCGGGAGAUGCGGGGGAACCGCUCUUGCUGGCGCUUGCCCUCCUCAACGCCGCGGAAGCGUGGAAAGAGGCGGCAGGGCUGCUGGGUCUCAUCCACCUCCAAAGGCAAGAGGUCACGCCUGCGCAAGGCUCGAUGGGCGCGAACAACGGUUCGGCUGGCCAUUCACGCCCAGGCGGGCCUAAUGCUCAGCGGGGAGGCCAGAGGGACCCUUCGGCGAUGGCCGGGGAGACGUUGUCAUCCGGCGGGAGGAGGACUCACCGACCCGCGGGGACGCCUCUCCGAGCCCCCGCCUUCCCGACGAUCUCGUUCCCGCCUUCUAUGAUGCUCAAGAUCCACGGACUCCUUCAGAGGGCUACCCGUCUGGCGUUUGUCUUGUCCGGGCCCCCGCCGGCGCACGCCUCGUCGUUGAGCAACCCUCUCGUGGCGGCGGCUUUGCCCAACAGCACGCAUCUGCUGGCCGGCUGGGCGUUGCUUGACGGAUGGGUCAAGCUCUAUCCUUCGGAGGAUAAGGUGACCGGAUGGGUCAAGCUCUAUCCUUCGGAGGAUAAGGCAACCCACAAGAGGCACCAUCGAAGGGGAGGGGGGCGGCGGCACGCGAGGGUCACGGGGCGAAACGCCUUCAGCUCCAUCGGGCAGGCCAUCGCGAAGCGUGCGUCCCGCUCCAACUCCCCUCCCGCCGAGAGGACGGCGUCCGUCAAGAGCCCCCGGAGCCCGACCACCGUCACCGACACCGACUCGCUGACGCCGCAGGUGUCCGUUGCAGGGAUUCCCCCUACGACGAGGAGGCCUUCCUUCAAGCUCAACACUCUAGAGGGGAGCGCAGGGCUCGACGCCACCGCUGCAGCAGCAGCCGCCGCCGCUACCGCCAACAACGGAGGCGGAAAAUCAUCGGGGGCCAGAGCAGGGUCUGCUGCUGCAGCCGCCGGCGGUGGGCGGGCCCCCCCCGGGGGGGGUGUAGGGGGCGACGGCGCGGGUGCCGAUGAGAACGGCGCUUCUCAGACGAGAGACAUGGUCCUGGUGACCCCGUCAGCGGGGACGGGGGGACACCACCACGACCCGGCUCUGCUCGCGGCCUCGGAGCUGGCGGGAGUGGCGGCGGAUGACCGGAUGCACCGGAGGAAGUUCUCGAGGGACUCCGCCGCCGGCAGCGCCGUCGGGGGCCCGCGGAGGGUGUCGGCGGCGACCGCGGCGGCGAUGGCGGCUGGGCGCGAGGGCCGGGUCGUAGACUUCACAGGAUUCUCCGAGAUGUCUCUCAUGGCCCCCCUGGCCAAGCCCAUGGUUCCCCAAUCGCACAGCUCAGUGAUGUCGCUCGCGAGAUCGUCAUCUCUGGAGGGGAGCACGAUCAGCGACCACCUACGCUCCGAGGGUCCCGGCGCGGAUACGUGGGCCGGCGGAGGCGGCAAUCGCAGGGACGGCGGCGGGGCGGGGCAGGCCCGCCCACGCCACGAGCGCAAGCGGUCGGAAGGUUCUGGCUUCGAAUGGGCGAGCAGGUGGACAGACAUCUCCCGGGAGGAGAAGGGCAAGUGGCUCAUACAGGAGUACGGAAAGGUGCUGUCGGACAAGAAGGAAGAGUCCGGGACGCAGGGCCGCGCAAGGGGGGCGGCAGAUGGCGGCAGACACCCCUCUCGCCGGGGAGAAGUUCCGGACGUGAACGUCGGCGUGGGGCCUGUGUCCGAGGACGAUCUCAGCAGAUCCCCGUACCCAGCAGGAGCCAGGGGUCGGCGGAGCAGUCGAAACAUCCACCGCACCACCCUCAGCCGGACGAUGGGGGGCACCAGCAGGAGGCGAUUUCGCCCUCCUUCGCGAGAGGAGGACCCCCCGGGAGAUAACCGUGCACGGUCGGCUACGGUGGCCACCCCCGCGGAUCAUGCCACAAGUCACAGCGACUCUGGCAGCCCAGAUCGACCCAGGAGACAGCAGGAGGUCGUCCCCAAGAGCGUCGGCAGACCUUCUCGCAUGUCCCGACUGCGCAAUCCAUGGACGUCUCGAACGCGGCACUCCUCGCCGUCCGGCGAUGGUAAUGGCAAGGCGUCGGUGUCCGGGUCGGCCGCGAUGUCCGUGGUGCGGGAGGACAAGGGCGAGACGAGGGUCGGAAACUGGAGCACGCCCGAGGUGUAUGAGACUCCCCAGAGGAGGAGAGCCACUCGGUCUGGUGUGGUGCCCGUGGUGGUGGAUGUGUUGAUGGACCCCGCGGGGAUUCCGGUGACUCAUAGGCACACCAGGUCGAUGUCCAGUUCUUUGGAGGCGGUGGGUCGGGCGGUGCACUUCUCGGGUUUGGGUAAAGAGGUGACGGAUGCGGUGGCCAACGCGAGGCAGCUGGCCGCGACCCGCGAGAGGAUGGGUGGCGCUGACGGCCCGCGGUCUGCCAAGCUCAGCAUGAACGAGUUUGGCAUGUUGACGGAGGUGAUCACCGAGGUCGGCGGGCAGGAGGGGAGCUUCGACAUCGCUACCGGCGGGACGGGGCAGGGGGGUACAAUCUCCUGGGUGAGGGGGGGGGGUCGGGUGGCCCCGCAGGAGCGGGCGGCGCUCCGUACCGGUACCAUGGGACGGCGCAAGAGGGAACUCGCCCGUCGGGCGAACGGCACCGGCGACAUUCCUCAGGAGCAGACGGAGGAGAGAAGCAGCAGCAUCCGGGAGAGACACUCUGCUGAGCACAAACCAAGGAGAAUAUCUGUGGGGACCCUGCUAGGCAAGACCCACCACCCUCAGACGCGUCCUCGAGAUCGGAUAGACAGCCAGUCCGUGGGCACCGAAGGCUCUUACUCCGGAGAGGCCUCCUCCAUGCCCGGCGGCAACAUCGGCGGCAACGGUACCGGUGGGAGCGGGGGUCACCCCGGGGCAGCGGCCACCACGGGAAGCGGGGCCGCCUACGGCUACGCCGGAGGCGGAGGGGGAGGUGGAGGAGGGGACGGAGGAGGCGGCGGCGGCGGCGGCGGCGGCGGUGGUGGCGGAGGCGGUGGUUGGCGGCAGCGGAAUUUCGUUGGCCUUGGCGGCUCCGCCGCCCGGGCGGGCUACGGGUUCGUGGUGACGAUGGACCUGGAGCCCGGGAUGAGCGGGAAUCGGCGGGCUCUGUGGACUUGCUUCUGCAGCUUCAAGACGAGGCGGAAGAGCUACAAGAUGGGUCGGCUGAAUCUUCACGACCUGCACGAGAGGAACCUGGAAGCGAUGCAGAGGGUGGUCGAUCUGGGCCGGCAGCUUGGCCGCCCGAUCUUCACGAGCUUGUGGUCCAGUCGAGCAGACCGCCCCAACGUGGGAUCAUCUGCAGCACCGGGAAGCAGGGGAAGCCCGGGGGCCAGCGACAAUAUCAACAGCAACAACAGCAACAGGCGCGUGUUCGCUUCGCGCCCCGGCAGUCUCUUCGAUGUGGGCAGCGCGAUAGGCGGAGACGGCAGCUGCUUGGGCUCCACGCUCGGGUUAGGGUUGGGCUCCACCUUGGGCUCCACUACCGGCGGCGGUGGCGGCGGCGGUAGCAACCCCGCGCCGCCCCCUCCCCCUCCAGCGGGAGGCACGGCCUCUCGCUCUGCUCGACACCAGCUCCCGGCAGGCUCGGGCAUCCUGUCGGAGUUCGCCCUGUCGGCACUGUCGGCGAACGGGGGCGGGGGAUCCUCCGAGCUCUCCGUGGCGAUCGGCGGGCGGGGAGGAGGAGCCGCGGGCGGCGGGGGCGGGGGCGGGGGCGGGGCUUCAGUAGCCGGGGGAAGGGCGGCGGCGGCCUCGGCCUCUGCCCAGCACGCGUUGCAGUACCUCGGCAGCCCUCUGCCCUUGUCGCCGGCCACGAGGGCGGGGGUCGUGCCUCCCGGAUCGGUGCUGUCGUCGUUCGCGUCGCCUGGCUCCGCUAGCUUGAGGUCCUCCGCGCGAUCGUGGCAAAUGUACGAGGACAUGGAGGCUGACGAGGACGGGGCGACUGCCGCCGCAGCUGCCGGAAGGUCGAGGGCGUCGCCGAGGCAGAACUACCGCCUGCUGUCGGAUUCGCGGCGGGGAAGGGGCUCGAUAUUGUCGCAGACGGUACCCGUGCAAAGGUGCGGCGGGGCAGCGAGCAAGGGCGGCGUCGCUCUGGGCGGCGCUAGCACGCACCACGCCGGCGGGAUUGCUGCUGGCGGUGGCGGCGGCGGCGGUGGAAGUUCCAGUGGCAGUUUCAGGAGUGGCACGAGGGAAGACUACCGACGGAAGAUCCUACAGUCUCGGCAUCCUUUCCCUCCGCACUUCCACAUUCUGCUAUUCAUGGACAGGAGCUACCUGUACUACUGCCCCUACACCGGCGAGCGCAUGGUGCUCCCGGUCGAUGUCUUCGGGCCGCGCGCCCGGCCGCCGCCGUUCAAGCAGCUCAGGGUGCACCCGGACGGGGGCAUGGGCCCGAUUCCCCUCUACACCGGCUGGACCCUAGGGCCCGUGCCCAGGCACGUCGCUGCCUGGGCUCAGGCCGCGAAGCGGACGUCCGCGGACCUGGAACACCAGAGAUCCGGCGGCGAGGGCGGGGCGGGAGACGGGGCGGGAGGGAUUGCGGCCGGGGUGGAGGCGGCCGCGGCGGCCGCGGCGGCGGAGAAGGAGAAGGAGAGGGGAGACGCGCUCCUGGCGAGCAUCACGGCGGGUCAGCCGGGGUCGAAGCUGCCGCUGGUGCCGGCGCCCGACGAGACUUUCGUGUCGAGAGACACCGGUAUUACGGUGUUGGUGGAAAGCCUCAGCCCUCGGUUUGCGCUGUUCCUGGUGUCGGCCUUGAUGCUGGAACAGCCGGUGCUGUUGGUGGCGGCACCCGACAGCCACGAGCUUCUCAUGCACGCUGCGAGCGGAUUGCUUCGGCUGUUGCGGCCCCUCCAGUGGCAGCACCUCUACAUCCCCCUGCUGCCUAUGUCCUGCCGGCACGUGCUCAAGCACGCCGUGGACGCCAAGGAGCCCUUCCUCAUCGGCACCUGCACCACUGUCCUCGAAAGCUUCUCCCGGCCUGGCCACGGGUACGCCGCUACCUCUGCUGCCUCUGCUGGUUUCGGCGGCGGUGGUGGCGGGAGAGGGGACGGCAACCUCACUCCGCCUCCAAACGACGCUCAGAACUCAAGCGGUGGUGGUGGGAGCAGCAACAUCCCUCCUGCGGCGCUGUACCACGCCCACGCCCUGUCCGAGGGGGGUCAGAGGCACAUCACCAUCGCCGAUUUGUCGCAGGGAGUGAUUCACCCGAGCAAGAUGCUCGAGUUAGCCGCUGCGUGCACCAUCGGGGCGUCGGUGGACAUCGAUUCGGACCCUGAGAUGCGCUCGCUCAUCUUCUCGCACUUUAGAGGUACCCAGAACAGGGGGUCAGCAGACCGCAGCCGCACCACCGGUUGGGGGUGGUCGGGCGGGGGGAGCGGUGCGGGCCCCGUGGAUCCGGGAGACUACGACACGGACGAAGCCAACGCCUCGAUGGCGAUGCUGCCUGCUGUCCCCUGCAGGCGAAUUCCGAUACCAGCUCGCCGGUCGGCUGAAGAAGCAAGGCGAAGGCGUGGCUGGCGGCGCGAGGCACAAUGACGGGUCCGCGGGCGCGGUCAGGGGUGCAAGGGCUAGAGCAAGGCCUUACGGC